GGACUGUCGCAUCUCAGCGGAAGGCAACAGGUUGCUGUCGCCAACCACAUAAUGAACUCCUUUCAGCGACUAUUUGCGUCUUUUUCGGGAGUUUUUUUAGACGCAAGAGUGUGAAAAUAGACGACAAUUUUUUUCCGGAGUUGACCUGAACGGACGUAGACGAGCAGGGAAGUGGAGAAAGAUUAAGAGUGUUGGCAGCAUGAACACGUCCUCUUCCGGUCGGAAGACUCCAGUGGACCACGGUGUCCAGAUCCGCUUCAUCAAUGACCUCCAUGAAUACGGCGAAAGGCAGCCUGGCCCCCAACCCAAGACCAAGUCUCAGACCUACUCCAAGUACGGUGUAGCGGUCAGGGUGCAAGGCAUCGCGGGACAGCCAUACGUGGUUCUGAAAGACGGCAAAGAGGGCGACUCGUACGGAGUCCAGCUUAGAACUCAGUACAACUCUGGCUACAGCAGCCUCCCCCGCAGGAGGGAGAGGGGUGAGCCAAUAUCACAGGGAGCGCAUGAGGAAGGGGGGCAAGGAGGCGCGCUCCGCCGGGCCCAAUCCCAUGGAUCUCUCCUGGACAGGGAGGGGGGUGCUGAUGACGAGGAGUUCCAGCUGUCUAGGCCUCCAGGGGAUGGUAAGUCUGGUAGCUAUGGCAACCUGGACAGCGGGCUAGGAGUACGAGGAGAGCGAGAACCAGCUCAGAAUGCCUGGGAUGGUUCUUAUAAGGCAAGACUCAACGGCUCAGUGGGGUCGCUAUCGAGCGACAGCCAGGCCUUCCCAAAUGCCCCCCAGCAAGCACACUCUGUCAACCGACUGGUCAACAGGUUUGAUGACGGUCGAAGUGGAGGUCAGCAGCGAGGCGUAUCCCCUUCCCGCAAUCCCAGAGCUGCGCCUCCACGCGGCACCGCCAACCAUUACACUUCGCCUUCGUCCUCAACUCACAGCAGCCCGGCACGCAGCCAGAGCAGUCACGCUAACCUUCCUGGACACCCGGGUAAUAAGCGGACGUCAGCAGGCAGAUACGUUGCCGUGGAUACAGAGCCACAAGUGACUCCUGAUCUUUUGCUGGACCAGAGUACAGAGAUGAACAGUGAGGAGGAGCAGACCAUGCAGGCAAUAUACAGCAUCCUGAGAGAAGGCACCAACGAGAGCGAUGUUUCCAUCAAACAUAAAGUCAACAUCAUAUGUCAGAGGAUGCAGAGCUUUCAGCACAAAGAACCGCUCCCGGACUUCACGAGAGAAAGGAGGGAGUUUGAGAGGAAAGUGGCGGAGCUCCAGAGCGCCUUGCGAACAGAACGGCGGAGCUCUGUCAGCCAGGCCGAUAAAGCGCUGAAAGAUGAGCUGGACUCCUGCUUGGAUGCAAAUCUGCAACUGCAGGAGACGUUGGACUGGAAGAAGAAAAAACUGAGUGAUAGCCACUCUGAACUGACUCAGUUGCGCAUUGAAAGGGAGAAUGCUGAGGCUCGUAUCAGGGACAUGGAGGACCAGCUGGCUGAGCUUCAAGAUGAACUGAGAAGAGACAAUAGCAACAAGGCGGACGUGGCGUCUCUUGAGGUGCAGCUGAUGGACGUCGGUCGGCUGAAGCAGAAGCUGGAGGAGACGCUCCGGCAGCGAGAGAGGGAGCUGACUGCGCUGAAGGGAGCCCUCAAGGACGAGGUGGCCACACAUGACAAGGAAAUCGAGGCGCUUCGAGAACAGUACAAUGCUGACGUAGAGAAACUGAGGAACAGCAUGCAGCAGGUGUCUCAGUCUCAUGCUGGUAUCGAAGCUGAGCGCCUGCGCAUCAACUCGUCAGUCCGCACCCUCCAGCAGCAGCUGGAGGACUGCAGAGACGAGAGCACCCACUGGAUGGAGCAGUUUCACAAGACUAGGGAUGAACUGCGCUCUAUUAAGCAAGAACUCCUGCAAGCCCGACUGGAAAAAGAGGAGACUGAGGAUGAACUGAAGGAGCUCCAGGACAGAUUCAACACAGUGAAACAGCAGAUUCCUGAUCAGAGCCAAAAACAAGCUCUUAACCAGGAGCUCGAACGGAGCAAUGCUGACCUGCGUAAGGCCAAGUCCGAAGUGGAGAAGCAGAGGACAGAGUUUGACAAAAAGGUCAUGGAGAUCAUCUCUUUAAAAAAAGUACACCAGGAACAAGAGGCAGAACUUAAUUAUGAAAUUGACCGGCUAAAGAACCAGUUGCAGAGGGCCAAAGAUGACUUAGCCAAGACCCAGGAGAAAAGCAAAAAGCUGCCAGAUCCAGCCACCGUCUCAGAUUUGGAGCAGAAGCUGAGCGAGGCACAAAAUGAAUCUAGCCAGCUUAAAGAAAAACUGACAUCGGCUGAAGAGGAGCUGCAGACCAACAAAGCCCGUUUGAGCAGAACACAGGUGGACCUCAAAUCCUUAGAAGACGCCCAGAUUGAACAGGCGGACUCCAACGCACGGCUCAAAGACAAACUCUCUCGGCUAGAGGCUCAGCUGCAGACCAGCACUACUGAGAGCUCAGAGGCUGAGCUCGCCCUCCACGCCGAGGUGAGGGGCCUGCGAUCUGAGCUGGAUGAGACCAAGAGAAAAAGCUCUCGCUUGAGUCAGGAGCACCAUGAGCUCAGCCAGCGAGUGCAGGAUGCAGAGAAGGAAAAGGAGGCGCUCAAACAGAGCCUCAACAAGGUGGAGGAUAUCAAACGACAGCAGGAGAGAGCUCUGGAAAAAAGCAACAAGGAGUUUGAAUCACUGACCGUGUCCUCAAGAGGGGAGGUGCAGGCUCUCAAGGUUCAACUGGAGGAGCAGAAAGAACGCGCACGCAAGGAAAUGCAGGAGGUGCAACGACACGGCAGCGACGCUCAAAGUGAACUGAACAACAUCCACACUAAUGUGAGGCGACUUGAGGAGGAGCUGUCACGGCAGAAGAAGGAGCUCCUGCUUGCAUGCGAGGAGAGAGACAACCAUCAGCUGGAUAAAGAGAUGCUCACUAACAGACUGCGCCACCUGGAGGGAGAGAUAGAGACGGGGAAGAACAGCCUCAAUGAGAAAAUCAGAGAGAUUCGUAUCCUCGAGGACAAAUUGAAGCGUGUGGAGGUGGAGCUGGAGGAGGAGAAAAGCAGCGCAGAGAUGCUGACAGAACGUUUGUCCCGAAGCCGAGACCAGAUUGAUCAGCUACGCGCGGAUAUAAUGCAGGAGCGGUCGUCCAAACAGGACUUGGAGUUGGACAAGACAGCUAUGGAGAGACAUCUCAAGGAGCUGAGGAGUCGCCUUGCCGACAUGGAGGGCCAGUCCCGCUCCUCGACUGGAGUCCCUCAGCUGGAGAGCAAAAUCCAGGAGCUUGAGGAGCAAGUUCGGAGUGAGGAGAGAGAAAAGAAUUCCAGUUUGGCAUCCCAACGCCGUUUGGAGAGGAAGCUGAAAGAGUUGGACAUGAUGCUGGACGAGGAGAGACAAGCACACAUUGAACAAAAAGACCAGCUUUCUCUGAAGGUCAAGGCUCUGAAGAGGCAGGUGGACGAAGGCGAGACGGAGCUGGAGAGAGUAGACACGCUGAGGAGGAAGGCUCAGAGAGACAUGGAGGAGCAGAUGGAGCUCAAAGAUGCCUUGCAGUCGCGCGUCACUGCUUUGGAAACAGAGCUCAAGAGGAAAGCAGCAAUGCGGCCCGUUUUAGAUUCAUCUGCUCUCAGCUCGGACGAUGACGACAGUAUUUACGGGCCGUCCUCCAUCACCUCCAUCCUCACUGAGAGCAACCUGCAGACCAGCUCCUGUUGAAGCAGCACUGAGUGUCACUCUCCUGUAGAUGCAUUAUUCCAGGUGGUUCACACCAGUACAAGGAGGGAUGUUUAAAAGGUUAGUGGGGAAACACUUUCCACAUGGGGAGUGAAUUGAAGGAAGCCUGACUUCCUCUGUGCUCUAGGUGACUUCAUUGUGGGAGCAUUUGCAAGCUGCUGGGUAAACACUAAAACAAAAAAUAAACUAUUGCUGCUCCAACUCUUAUAGUUUCCCUCCAUGUGUAAGGCAAAAUAAGUGCGCUGUUUCGUAUACAUUCUUUUUAUAAAAAGUCACACAACGCAUUUUUGUUAUGAUACUUGAAAAUAGAUCAUGUAAAUGUUUGUAUUUAACAUUCCUAGUCUAAUUUUGUAUCCUUUUUGAACAAUCUCAACUGAAAAACAUUUGCUGCAACGUGUUGUCUAAAAUUGGGAUAAUAGUGCCUAUUAAUUAUAGGGGUUUACUGUAAUUGUUAACUUCUACAUUUCUGACUAUUGUUUUGUAUUGCAAAAGCAUUCAGUAAAAAGAAAACAACCUUAACUCACCAAAAA